AGGACGCGACAGAGUUAGAGUUGCUCGUGCGGGGAAGUUUUCGAGGCGGUUCUCGAUUAUUUUUAUUUUCUAUUUUCCACCUCAGACACCUGGAUUCCGUUCACCUGUUCAACAGUCACCCUUCUCGUUGCAUCUUAGUUUAUAUAGUUACGAUAUCUAAAUAUCUUGAUACUUUAAUUGAUGAGAGAUUGUUUGAAUCACCGGACAGUUUUCGGGUGAUGGCGCGCGGAGAGGGGGUGAGGAGGGCGGGCCUGGUCCGCCUGGUGGUCCUGGUCCUGCUCUGGGACCUGGUCCUGGCCCAGAUCCGCUACUCCAUCCCAGAGGAGCUUGAGCACGGGGCGUUCGUGGGGAACCUCGCGGAGGACCUGGGUCUGGCGGUGGAGCGGCUGUCCGCGCGCCGCUUCCGCCUCGUUUCGGGCGCCAGGCGGCAGUACCUCGAGGUGAACCUGGAGAACGGGGUCCUGUUCGUGAACGAGCGCAUCGACCGCGAGGAGCUGUGCGAGGAGACCCCGUUCUGCUCCUUCCACCUGCAGGUGGUGAUGGAGCGGCCGCUGGAGCUGUACCGUGUGGAGGUGGAGAUCACGGACGUCAACGACCAUUCGCCCGGGUUCCCGUGGAGCGCCUUCAACCUGGACAUCUCCGAGUCCGCCGUGCCGGGCUCCCGGUUCCCGCUGGAGAGCGCGCAGGACCUGGACGUGGGCACCAACUCACUGCGCACAUACCUGCUCCACGUCAACGACCACUUCCUGCUGGACGUUCAGACGCGGAGCGACGGCAGCAAGUUUGCCGAGUUGGUGCUGGAGUCCCCGCUGGACCGGGAGAAGCAGCGGAGCCACCAGAUGGUGCUGACCGCCGUGGACGGGGGGUCACCGGAGAGGACCGGCACCGCGCAGAUCGACGUCACGGUGUUGGACGCCAACGACAACGCGCCGGUGUUCGAGCGGUCGUUCUACCGCGUGAGGCUGGCGGAGAACGCACCGCAGGGCACCGUGGUGAUCCGGCUGAACGCGUCCGACCUGGACGAGGGUCCCAACGCGGACAUCACCUACUCCUUUAGCGGACACGCGCCCGUCAAAGUGCGCGAGCUGUUCGGUGUGGACGCGCGCACCGGGGAGAUCACCGUGACGGGGGUGAUAGAUUACGAGAAGGCGCGCAUGCACGAGAUCUACGUGCAGGCUAAAGACAAGGGUCCGUCCGCCGUGGCGGUGCACUGCAAGGUGCUCGUGAACGUCCUGGACACCAACGACAACACGCCGGAGGUCAUCCUGACGUCGGUGUCCACGCCGGUGCAGGAAGACGCGCCACCGGGCACCGUCAUCGCCGUCAUCAGCGUCACGGACCGGGACUCCGGGGAGAACGGGAACGUGGACUGUGAGAUCCCGCACCACGUCCCGUUCCAGCUCCACUCGUCCUUUAAGAACUAUUACACCCUGGUGACCUCUGACCUCCUGGACCGGGAGGCCGUGGCGGAGUACAACAUCACCGUGACCGCGCGGGACAUGGGCGCGCCGCCGCGCUUCACCCGGAGGACCAUCGUGGUCCAGGUGGCCGACGUGAACGACAACGAGCCCCGCUUCAAGCAGCCGUCGUACACCGUCUACCUGACGGAGAACAACGCGCCGGGCGCCGCGCUGUGCGCCGUCACCGCCCUGGACCCCGACGCGGGCCAGAACGCCUACCUGUCCUACUCCCUCCUGGACGGCGGGGACAUCGGCGGGAUGCCCGUGUCCACCUACGUGUCCGUCAACUCGGACAACGGGAACAUCUACGCACUGCGCUCCUUCGACCACGAGCAGCUCAGGAGCUUCCAGGUCACGGUUCAGGCCCAGGACGCGGGCUUCCCGCCGCUGCGGAGCAACGUCUCGGUGGACGUCUUCGUCCUGGACCAGAACGACAACGCCCCCGUCGUGGCGUCCCCGCCGGCGGCCCGCAACGGAACGGCCCCCGGCGGAGACGCGGUGCCCAGGGCGGCGGACGCCGGGUUCCUGGUGGGCCGGGUCAGCGCCUCGGACGCCGACUCGGGGCAGAACUCGCGGCUCUUCUACCAGGUGCUGCAGGCCACCGACCCGGGCCUGUUCAGCGUGGCUCUGUACACGGGCGAGAUCCGGACCAACCGGAGGCUGGUGGACACCGACGCCGCGAGCCACCGACUGCUGGUGCUGGUCAAGGACAACGGUCAGCCGCCGCUGUCGGCCACCGCCUCCAUCACCCUGUCACUGGUCGACAGCGCGCCCGAGUCACAGCCCGAUCUCGGUGACCUUGCGCCGAGCCCUUACUACUACGGCCAGGACUACACGGUGUACUGGAUGGUGUCGCUGGGGGCCGUGUCGCUGACGUGUCUGGUGGCCAUCAUCGUCCUGCUCGCCGUGAAGGGCUACCGAGACCGGCGCUCCGACGGCCUCGCCGGCUGCGGGUGCUGCGGCUCGCGGGAGAAGACGAGCACCGCAGACAUGUUCGUGAAGUCCAACAUGAGCGGACCGAUGACCACGGGCGCCUCCAGCGGCGCGGACGGGGCUGGCGGCGGGGGGCCCAUCUCGCAGGUGUACUGUUACAAAAUGUGUCUGACUCCGGAAUCUUCCAAAAGUGACUUUAUGUUUCUGAAGCCGUGCAGUCCUGUAAUGAGCGUGCAGGCACAGAAUAACGCCCGGGGCAAAGACUAUCUGACAUCUGGGUGGAGCGCGCUGGAGCGCAACGAGCUGGUGAACAACACCACGCCUAAUGAGUUCAAGGACACUCACAAGGACUGGACUUUGACCAAGAACCUGAAGAACUCAGCUUACAAGAGGUACAGUUCUGUGAACAUGGAGACCUUGCUGCCCCCCCACCUCCUCUCUGACGGGAUGUCCGGCUCCCAGGACGAGUUCUCCUGCUCUGUGGCCCCCCAGUACUGGACCUGGGGGAACCACAUGCGUGAAUGUAAAAUAUCUCUUCAAGAAGAGCGCGUGGUCCCCGACUACUCAUGGACUACAAAGACCAUGAUGCCUCAGUGUUCCUACACGUCACCUGACUACCAGCACAACGUUCACAUCCCGGGCGCGGCGUCGGGGUACUGCACCCUGAAGCCCCGGACCAGCACCCCUCGCGGGGAGCUGGACGUCUACAACUCCUUCUCCACCUUCGGCAAGAAGAAGAGGCUGCUGGCGAGCUACGAGCAGACGGUGGCGCGGGACGCGGGUCUGAUGAUCGCUAACGGCGAACUGUUUCAGUGACGCGACGCGGGACUGUCAAUCAAUAAAGUUGAUCUGUUUGACGGACGCGGGGCAAGACUGUCAAUCACUAUCGGCGAUCUGUUUCACUGACGUGAGUCCGAUGAUUGCUCACGGUGAUCUGCUUGACGCGAAGCAGGAAAAUCCUAAACAUAGGCCUAGCGGUUUGGGUCGCCGUGGUCAAACCCUCGCAGGCUGGCAGGAGUUGCCCUGAUGUUUAUCACGUCCCUUUUUUAUUUAUACUGAAUAGUUUUAUGGAUUCCUAUCAACCGUUCAUCAGUUAAUAACACUCGAAUAUAUUGUUAUUUAUUAUUUAUGUUCACUUGCUCCUCGUUGGAAAUGCGAUUAAUAUAUAACGUUAUUAUUUAUAUAAUUUCAGCUCUCAGUUUUUCAUGAUUUUCUUCUGGACGAUAGCGUCUAAAUCAUAACGGGAAGUUUAUGUAUAACUGAUCAGUUAGGCUACACGCCAUUCUGUGACUGUUGUAAACGUUGGCUCACCUCACAGUGAUGCUGUUCCCAGGUGAGCACGAAGUCACGCAUUACCUGUUCGCUUGAAGUUCACUCAAUGUUUGGGGAAAAAAAUGAUAAUUUAGGAGGAGUUUCAUUCAUAAUUUUUUAUGUCAAAUUAUAUUUAGUAGUAAUUUAUUCUUCGUAUGUAGCCCUACAUAAUACUUUUUGAAAGUUGGUGUGGCUCCGUACAAAG